CGUCCAGAAGUGCUCAUAGCAACAAACAAAUCGAGGCUGUUGUGCAAGAAACCACAAUUUUUCCCACCGCUCAGCCGUGGGAUUCUGCAGUUAAUUUUCCGGGACGUUGUUUCUGUUUGGAUUCCGAGAAACAGCCGGAAAGUGAGAAGGAAAAAUGGGGAAAGAAAACGGAGAAUCGGAAGGAAUUAGGAAUAAGAAGAAAAGUAGGUGGGGGAUGGCGUCAAUUUUCAUGCACGCCGACGCCGUCGACAAGUUUCUCAUGACUUUGGGGUUCAUCGGAGCCAUGGGCGACGGCUUCACCACCCCUCUUGUUUUAAUCGUCUCAAGCCGCCUUAUGAACAACAUCGGCGCUACCUCUUCAAAUUCCCCGACGGAAUCUUUUGUAACCAACGUCGAUAAGAAUGCGGUGGCGCUCUUGUAUGUGGCUUGUGGAGGCUUUGUGGCUUGUUUUCUAGAGGGAUACUGCUGGACGAGAACCGGAGAGCGACAGGCGGCGAGAAUGAGAGCACGGUAUCUGAAAGCGGUUCUCCGGCAAGACGUUGGGUACUUCGAUCUGCACGUGACCAGCACGUCGGAAGUCAUCACCUCUGUUUCCAACGAUAGCUUAGUGAUUCAAGACGUUUUUAGUGAAAAGAUCCCAAAUUUUCUGAUGAACGCCGCCAUGUUCGUCGGAAGCUACAUCGCGGCGGUGUCGCUGUUUUGGAGGCUAGCGGUGGUGGGACUCCCCUUCGUGGUGCUGUUGGUGAUCCCCGGCCUUCUCUACGGCAAAACGUUGAUGGGUUUAGUGAGAAAAAGCAUGGAAGGGUACAAGAAAGCCGGAACAGUUGCAGAGCAGGCGAUUUCGUCGAUCAGAACCGUGUACGCUUUCGUAGGAGAAGACAAGACCAUAACGGAAUAUUCGUCGGCUUUAGAACAGUCGGUGAAGCUGGGAAUCAAGCAGGGGUUUUCCAAAGGCUUGGCCAUCGGAAGUAAUGGAGUGUCGUUCGUAAUUUGGUCGUUCAUGUCUUGGUAUGGAAGCCGAAUGGUUAUGUACCAUGGCGCUCAAGGUGGGACAGUUUUUGCCGUUGGAGCUGCCAUUUCUGUCGGAGGAUUAUCAAUUGGUUCGGGUUUAUCCAACAUUAAGUACUUUUCGGAGGCAUGUGCGGCCGGGGAGCGAAUCAUGGAGGUCAUAAACCGGGUCCCCAAAAUUGACUCCGCCGACAUGGAAGGCCAGAUCCUCCAAAAUGUCUCCGGCGAGGUUCAGUUCCGAAACGUCCAUUUCGCCUACCCUUCCCGCCCCGAAACCAUAGUCCUCAAGGACCUGACCCUCACGAUUCCGGCCGGACGCACCGUGGCGCUUGUUGGCGGCAGCGGAUCAGGGAAGUCCACCGUCAUCUCUGUGCUGCAGAGAUUCUACGACCCAAUUGCGGGAUCCAUCCUUCUGGAUGGAGUGGCCAUUGAUAAGCUGCAAUUGAAGUGGCUAAGGUCGCAGAUGGGGCUGGUGAGCCAAGAGCCUGCGCUUUUUGCGACAUCCAUUAAAGAGAAUAUUCUUUUUGGGAAGGAGGAUGCCACGAUGGAUGAGGUCGUGGAGGCUGCUAAAGCUUCCAAUGCUCAUAAUUUCCUUUCCCAGUUUCCUCAAGGAUAUGAUACACAGGUGGGGGAAAGAGGCGUUCAAAUGUCAGGAGGACAGAAACAGAGAAUCGCCAUUGCCAGAGCCAUAAUCAAGCGCCCACGAAUCCUCCUUCUGGACGAAGCCACCAGCGCCUUAGACUCCGAAUCAGAGCGCAUUGUCCAACAAGCCCUGGACAAAGCCGCCGUUGGCCGCACCACCAUCAUAAUCGCCCACCGCCUCUCCACCGUCCGCAAUGCCGACCUCAUUGCCGUCCUCCAAAACGGCCAAGUCAUGGAAAUCGGCUCUCACGACCACCUCAUCCAAAACCCCACUGGCCUCUACACCUCCCUCGUCCAUCUCCAACACAAAUCUCCCCCCGAACCCACCGCUAACACCCACCACUCCGCUUCCUCCUCCAUUUCCCACAUCGAAAAACUCAACACCAGCAGCAGCCGUCGCUCUAGCUUCUCCAAUUCAGCCGGCUCCGACCGGUUCACCCUGGUUGAGGAAACCCCACCAACCAUGACCAAAAGAGAAGAAGACCAACUCCCGGUUCCUUCUUUCCGGAGGCUGCUAGCUCUGAACGUACCCGAGUGGAAGCAGGCGUCCAUUGGAUGCGUGGGAGCGAUGCUCUUCGGCGCUGUGCAGCCGCUGUAUGCGUACGCAAUGGGGACGAUGGUUUCAGUGUAUUUUUUGACCAGUCAUGAAGAGAUUAAGGAGAAGACAAGGAUUUACGCGCUUAGCUUUGUUGGGUUGGCGGUGUUUUCGCUUAUGGUGAAUAUUACACAACACUACAACUUCGCAUACAUGGGGGAAUAUCUUACGAAGAGGGUUCGAGAGAUGAUGCUGUCUAAAAUACUUACUUUUGAAAUUGGGUGGUUCGAUCAGGAUGAGCAUUCUAGCGGCACAAUUUGCUCCAGACUCGCUAAAGAUGCCAAUGUGGUACGAUCCUUGGUGGGCGAUAGAAUGGCACUAAUUGUACAAACAAUCUCAGCAGUAACCAUAGCAUUCACGAUGGGGCUCGUAAUCGCCUGGAGGCUAGCACUUGUAAUGAUCGCAGUCCAACCCUUAGUCAUAAUGUGCUUCUACACAAGACGAGUCCUUCUUAAGAACAUGUCCAACAAAUCCAUCAAAGCCCAAGAACAGAGCAGCAAGCUUGCUGCAGAGGCCGUCUCCAAUCUCCGAACCAUCACCGCCUUCUCCUCACAAGAACGCAUCUUAAAAAUGCUCGAGAACGCACAAGAAGGCCCCAGACGAGAAAGCAUCAAGCAAUCUUGGUAUGCCGGAAUCGGCCUCGGCUGCUCCCAAAGCCUCACUACUUGCUCCUGGGCCUUGGAUUUCUGGUACGGCGGCAAGUUGAUCGCUAAGGGCCAAACCACUGCGAAAGCUUUGUUUGAAACGUUCAUGGUUCUGAUCAGCACAGGUCGCGUCAUUGCCGACGCCGGCAGUAUGACGUCAGAUCUCGCCAAAGGGUCCGAGGCUGUCGGGUCGGUUUUCGACGUGUUGGAUCGGUUUACGAAAAUUGAACCGGACGACCCAGAAGGGUAUAAACCCAACAAAUUAACCGGCCGAAUUGAAAUCAAUAGCGUCGAUUUCGCUUACCCAUCUCGAGCGGAAGUGAUGAUAUUUCGUGGGUUUUCGAUCGUACUCGAGGCCGGGAAAUCGACGGCGUUGGUUGGGCAAAGCGGGUCGGGGAAAUCCACCAUAAUCGGGUUAAUCGAGCGUUUCUACGACCCGAUCAAAGGGACGGUGAGCAUGGACGGUCGCGAUUUAAAAUCGUACCAUCUGAGAACGCUGAGAAAACACAUCGCGUUGGUAAGCCAAGAGCCGACACUAUUCGCGGGAACAAUAAGGGAAAACAUCGUGUACGGAGUUGCAGAGAAGGUGGGGGAGACAGAGAUAAUCGAAGCAGCAAAGGCAUCGAACGCACACGAUUUCAUCUCGGGGUUAAAGGACGGGUACGAGACGUGGUGCGGGGACAGGGGAAUGCAGCUAUCUGGGGGGCAAAAACAGAGGAUUGCAAUAGCGAGGGCAAUAUUGAAGAAUCCGGCAGUGCUGCUGCUGGAUGAGGCGACGAGCGCGCUGGAUGGGCAGUCGGAGAAGGUGGUACAGGAGGCGCUGGAGAGGGUGAUGGUGGGGCGGACGAGCGUGGUGGUGGCGCACAGACUGAGUACGAUACAGAAUUGCGAUAUGAUAGCGGUGUUGGAUAAAGGGACGGUGGUGGAGACAGGGACGCAUUCGGCGUUGUUGGGGAAGGGAGAAAGUGGGGCUUAUUAUAGUUUGGUCAAUUUGCAGAGGAGAUCCCAUUAAGAUGGGAUUGAUGUAGUUUGAAUAUCUCUAGUUUUUAGUCAUCUUUGGUUGAGAGAUGCUAAUAAUGGAGGCGGAGGGGGGGCUUCCAUAGGUAAAUCAUGUGAAGUUUUUCCUAUAUUCUUCUCUCCAUUCCAUUCCAUUUCAUUCGUGUCACUUAAGCCUCUUCUUAGUGUUCGAGUCUUGAGAGAUUAAAGAAAGUAGGUAUGUAUAACAAGACUCAUUUAGUAUAUAUAUAUAUUUAUGAAAA